AUGGAGAAAAAUAAUAAGCAUGUUAGUGAUACUGAAAAUACAUCGAAACGACAAAAAACAAACAAAAAGGGUGGUCUUAAAAGAGAUGAAGUAUGGGAAUAUUUUAUUGUAGGCGAUGAAAAAAAUGACGGACACUAUUCUGCUACUU